UGCGUCGGGGCCGCUGGCGGCGGGAGGCGGCGGGGAGCGGCCUCGGGGGAGCGGCCUCCGCGCCCGGCCACGCACGGGGUGGUUGACCAGUACAGAAAAUGACUUUGGCAUGAGUGGCUGGAGGCUACAGAGAUUUUCUGGAGCCCCUGCUUUAUCUGCAAGGAAUUUAAUAGAGGUUCCCACGACUCCUAGGAUGAGGCUUCUGUGAAGAACCAGUGGAUCCCUGCCUGCGCUGCGGUGCCUGCAGAUCCCUGUUGUCCCCUUUCCAGCUGGAGCACUGUUGCUGAGGCCGCCGGGAAGAAUGACUGUUGGAUGCCUCCUGCAGCCCCCUUUCCUGGGGAGGACUUGGCUCCCUGUGCUGCUGCUGGCGGCCUCUGCUCACGGCCACUGGCCCAGCGAGCCCGCAGAAGUGGUUCGGGACUGGGAAAACCAGCUGGAGGCCUCCAUGCACUCCGUGCUCUCGGACCUCCGGGAGACUGUGCCAGCUGUGGUGGGCAUACCGGACAGCUCUGCUGUGGUGGGACGCUUCUUCAGAGUCUCCAUUCCCACAGAUUUAAUUGCUUCCAAUGGAGAAAUUGUCCAGAUCUCCGAAACUGGGAAGGACUCCUUGCCUUCCUGGUUACACUGGAACGCGGAGAGCAGCUCCCUGGAAGGGCUACCCCUUGACACGGACAAGGGUGUCCACUACAUCUCGGUGACCACGCUGCAGCCCUUCCCCAAUGGGAGCUAUGUGCCACAGACUGCAAACGUCUUCUCUGUUGAGGUCCACCAAGAAGACCACAACGAGCCUCAGUCGGUGCGAGCAGCCGUCCAAGACACGAGUGAUGCAGCACCAUUCGUGUGCGGCUCGGAAGAGCCGGUCACCAUCCUGACUGUCAUUUUGGAUGCCGACCUAACAAAAAUGACACCAAAGCAGAGGAUUGAACUCUUAAGCAGAAUGAGAAGCUUCUCAGAGGUAGAACUUCAUAACAUGAAGUUGGUUCCUGUUGUAAAUAACAGACUUUUUGACAUGUCGGCUUUCAUGGCUGGGCCAGGAAAUGCAAAGAAGGUGGUGGAAAAUGGGGCCUUACUCUCGUGGAAACUGGGAUGUUCUCUAAGCCAAAACAGCGUCCCCAACAUCAGCAAGGUGGAGGCUCCAGCUAAGGAAGGAACCAUGUCUGCCCGCCUGGGCUACCCUGUUGUUGGCUGGCACAUUGCUAACAAGAAGCCUCACCUCCCAAAGAGGAUGCGGCGGCAGAUCAACGCCACCCCUACACCUCUGACUGCCAUCGGGCCACCCACCACUGCUGCACAAGAGCCACCGACCAGGAUUGUCCCCACCCCAACGUCACCCGCCAUCGCACCUCCAACGGAGACGACGGCACCCCCGGUCCGGGAGCCCAUACCGCUGCCGAGGAAGCCUACGGUUACCAUCAGAACAAGAGGCCCCAUUGUCCAGACACCCACUCUGGGACCCAUCCAGCCAACCAGGGUAGCAGAAGGCACCGGCACAGCCAUUGUGCCAAUUCGCCCCACGAUGCCAGGGUACGUAGAGCCCACGGCGGUGAUCACACCACCCACAACCACCACCAAGAAACCAAGAGUCUCCACUCUGAAGCCAGCCACACCAUCCACCACAGAUUCCUCCACGACAAUGACGCGAAGGCCUACUCGGAGACCCAAAACGCCCCGUCCGACAAAGCCCCCCAGCACCACCAGAUCCCCUAUCUCCAAGCUGACAACGGCCUCGCCGCCAACCCGCGUACGCACCACAGCUAGCGGGAUCCCCCGGCCCUGGGAGCCAAACGAGCCACCCAAGCUGACAAACCACAUCGACAGAGUCGAUGCGUGGGAAGGUACUUACUUCGAGGUUAAAAUACCAUCGGAUACCUUCUAUGACAAGGAGGACACCACCACUGACAAACUGCAGCUGACCUUGAAGCUGAAGGAGCAGCAGAUGAUAGAGGAGAACUCAUGGGUGCAGUUCAACAGCACCAGCCAGCUCAUGUACGGCAUGCCUGACCACAACCACAUAGGGAAGCACGAGUACUUCAUGUAUGCAACCGACAAAGGUGGGCUUUUUGCUGUGGAUGCAUUUGAAAUCCAUGUCCACAAACGCCCGCAUGGGGACAAGUCUCCGGUGAAGUUCAAGGCCAGGCUGGAAGGGGACCACAAUGCAGUGGUGAAUGACAUCAAUAAGAAGAUCAUGCUGGUGAAGAAGCUGGCUCUGGCAUUCGGUGACAGGAACAGCAGCACCAUCACAGUGCAGGACAUUGCCAAAGGCUCCAUCGUAGUGGAGUGGACGAACAACACGCUGCCCCUGGAGCCCUGCCCCCGGGAGCAGAUCCGGACUUUGAGCAAAAAAAUUGCGGAUGACUCCGGCAGGCCGAGCCCGGCAUUCUCCAACGUCCUGCAGCCAGAGUUCAAGCCUCUGAACGUGUCGGUGGUGGGCUCUGGCAGCUGCAGGCACAUCCAGUUCAUCCCAGUGACAAAGGAUGGAAGGGUGAUCUCAGAGGCAACGCCGACGGUGGCUGCAGGCAAAGACCCCGAGAAGAGCAGCGAGGAUGACGUGUACCUGCACACCGUCAUCCCCGCUGUGGUGGUGGCCGCCAUCCUCCUCGUGGCCGGUAUCAUUGCCAUGAUCUGCUACCGCAAGAAGAGGAAAGGGAAGCUGACCAUCGAAGACCAGGCCACCUUCAUAAAGAAAGGUGUGCCCAUCAUCUUUGCCGAUGAGCUGGAUGACUCCAAGCCCCCGCCGUCUUCCAGCAUGCCCCUCAUCCUCCAGGAGGAGAAAGCCCCGCUGCCCCCCCCAGAGUACCCCAACCAGAGCAUGCCAGAGACCACACCACUCAACCAGGACACCAUCGGGGAGUACACGCCGCUGCGGGAUGAGGACCCCAACGCGCCGCCCUACCAGCCUCCCCCCCCUUUCACCGCACCCAUGGAGGGCAAAGGCUCCCGCCCGAAGAACAUGACCCCGUACAGGUCGCCGCCACCCUACGUGCCCCCUUAACGAACAGGAGGCUCUCGGGGGGAGAAGGGGCCUCCACUCCAGCUCCACACCAGUGCUGUCUGUGGGCCGGCAGCCCCCUUGCCAGCCGGGAACACAGAACCCCAGCAGACCCUCCCCGGCUGCGCCCGCCACACUCGUGGGACUUGGGGGGACACUUGUUUUAUUUUUGCCUAACAAGCUUUGGUUUUAUUUUAUUCAUAGAAAAACAAAAAAUCUCAGCUCAAACAUGCCUUCCUGGCGGCUGGGCUUCGGGCCAGGGCCGGGCGGCGGGCAGGGAGGGGACGGGAUGGGUCGGGAUGGGUCGGGAUGGGAGGAGCAGGCAGCACUGGGGUAGCACUCUGGGUCUCCGCUGUUUGCCUUUAACACUAACUGUACUGUUUUUUCUAUUCACGUGUGUCUAGCUACAGGACGUAACAUGAAAGGUAGCCUAAAACAAAAUAAUUAAAUUCAAGGGACUUUCUGAAGUCGAUGGUUUUAAGUUUUUACCUUUAAUCUGCUGUUUCCCUAAACCGGGAUGUGUAGGUUUGGGAAAGGGGAGGGCAGUGCUGUGCUGCAGCUGAGCUCCAGGGCGAUAUGGGGCUGGUUAGGGAGAGACCCUGGAGGGCAGCCAGCCUCCUCCUCUACCUCCUUAGAGGUGGGGAUCAGCUUCUAGGUUUGGGGGUUGAUUCUUUUCUUUUAAUUUUGUUUGUUAAUCAAAGAAAUCCUAUUUUUCUCGCA